AUGUUGCAGUGUCUCUCCGAGGGGCUGCUGGUGCUGGGGGCUGCCCUGCUCUGGCAGCCCUGCCAGGGCACCUGGAGCUGCGGGGAGCUGACCUGCGGCGAGCGGGAGAGCUGCUGCGACUACGGCAAUGUCACCUACACGGAGAUCAGGUGCUGCAAGCUGCCCUUUCACACCUUCCUGGACAACGUGGGCUGGUUCGUGCGCAAGCUCUCGGGGCUGCUCAUCCUGCUGGUGCUCUUCGCCAUCGGCUACUUUCUGCAGCGCAUCAUCUGCCCCAGCCCCCGCCGGUACAACCGGCCGCAGCGCCAGGACUCACCCGGCUCCCUGCUCAACGUGACGGCGGCCACCUCGCAGGACUCCCUGCUGGACAGCAGCAGCGGCAGCAGCAGCCGCUACCCGGGCGAGCAGGAGCCGCCGCUGCUGCCGGGGGGCUCCCCGGUCUUCCUGCAGCUGCCCAGCUACGAAGAGGUGAAGUAUUUACCCACCUACGAGGAGUCCAUGCGGCUGCAGCAGCAGAGCCCCAAAGAGAUCGUCCUGCCCGUGUCCAGCCUGGCCACGGCCGCAAGCAGAGAGCCAGACAGGGCGGGAGACAGAGCCCCCUGCAGCUGA